GAACGUAUGUUCAACUGUUGCCUGGAGGUCUGGGGAUGAACCAGGUCAUCUCAGAAGACCAUCGUGAUCAUCAGGCUGAUGCGGCAAUCUCCAUAUCACCUUCUGGAACAUACUCCAAGGAUGACGAGAGAACACAAGAGAUCUGUACCGGUGCUGCUAUUUGUUCCGUGUUCACCAAGCUCAUUAAAGGGUUUCUCCAUCGCGACAACACCAUCAGCGAGGAAGACGACAUGCCGGCGGGGAAGGACGCACUAAAGGGCCGGUCAGAGUCACUGGAAGCACCCGACAACAUCAUCGGCGAGGAAUCCCGCAACAGCUUCGACUUCGAAACAGCAUAUGCCAGAGAUCUUCUGCCCGCCAGAAACGCCCCCGCCACGACCACCCUGUUCCUGACCAAGGUUGUGGAGAUCUUGUGCGACUAUGUCCGGAAGACGUACGACCGGAGUGAGAAGGUGGUGGACUUCCACCAUCCUCAGGACCUGAAGAAGUUCCUGGAUCUGGAGAUUCCCGACGAGCGGCCUGAGACGCUGGAGAAGAUCCUGGAAUCCUGCCGGGAAACUCUCAAGUAUGGAGUCAAAACAGGACAUCCCCGCUUUUUCAACCAGCUGUCCAGCGGGAUGGACGUCAUCUCUCUGGCGGGGGAAUGGCUCACGGCGACCGCCAACACCAACAUGUUCACGUAUGAGAUUGCACCUGUCUUCAUCGUCAUGGAGGAGAUGAUCCUCAAGAAGAUGAGAGAAAUCAUCGGGUUUCCCGCCAAAAGUGGAGACGGCAUUUUCAGUCCAGGCGGUGCAAUCUCCAAUCUGUACGCCGUGAACUGCGCACGCUACAAGUUCGUACCAGACGUCAAAAAGAAGGGACUCAGGGAAGCACCAAAACUCGUCAUGUACAUUUCAGAACAUAGCCACUAUUCUUUGAAGCGCGCUGCUGCCAUAGUCGGAAUCGGAACAGACAACGUCUACGCGGUAAAAUGCGAUGAACGAGGAAAGAUGAUACCAUCGGACUUGGAACGAAAGAUUCAAAUCGCAAAAUCGAAGGGAGAAACACCGUUCUUCGUCAGUGCCUCCGGCGGCUCAACCGUGUACGGCGCCUUCGACCCGCUUCACGACCUCGCAGACAUCUGCCAGAGACACAAGAUGUGGCUCCACGUUGACUGUGCCUGGGGAGGCGGCGUCCUGCUGUCCAAGAAAUACAGGAAACGACUGGACGGCAUUGAAAGAGCUGACUCUGUGACAUGGAAUCCACACAAGCUGAUGGGCGUCAUCCUGCAGUGUUCAUGUCUGCUACUCAAAGAAAGCAACCUACUCCAGCGGUGUAACUCGAUGUGCGCGGACUACCUGUUCCAACAAGAUAAAAACUACGACGUGAGCUACGACACGGGCGACAAGACCAUCCAGUGCGGCAGACAUGUGGACGUCUUCAAACUGUGGCUCAUGUGGAGAGCAAAGGCUACAGUUGGAUUUGAGGCGCAGAUCAACAAGUGUUUCGACCUGGCUCACUACAUGACCGACAAGCUGAAGGCGAGAGAAGGGUUUGAGAUGGUAGUGGAUGAACCGGAGCUGACGAACGUGUGUUUCUGGUACCUGCCGCCAAGUAUACGGGACCUCCCCGACGGACCUGACAAGAGAGACCGGCUGGCUCAGGUGGCUCCCGUGGUGAAAGCCCGCAUGAUGGACCGAGGCAUGACGAUGAUCGGCUACCAGCCCCUCGGCGACAACGUCAACUUCUUCCGCAUGGUCAUCUCCAACCCCGCUGCUACCACCGCCGACAUCGACUACAUGAUUGAGGAGAUCGAGCGGCUCGGGCAAGACUUGUAACUGCAAGUUUAGAACAUCUCUGCCACAAACAUUACUUUUUUUUUUAAAGACUUGUAUCUGCAGCAGCAAAACUAACGUAAUUUUGUACAAGGUAAGCAAAAGAUUUGAGCUGCAAGUCUGUAACAUCUUUGACACAAAGAAUUGAAAGAACAAAUUGUUAACCAAAAAAAAAACAUUCGAAUCUAUUGAUGAAGACCAAUUAAACAUCGCCAAUACAAUGUGCGCAAAACCCAAACUUUGGGCAUUCCUGGUAAGCCCUUCCUCCUGCUAAAAACCAGAGCUAUACGAAAUUAUAAAUUUUAUGGAAGUUUAAAAAUGAAACGCUAUUGUACAAACAUUGUGCCCAUCCCCCUACCUCUAACAAUUGACAACCAAAGAUUUGAAGGACCAAAAAGUAAGUCAACUAACAACAGUUUUAUAUCGGAAUCUGACAGCACACUAAGGCCGACUUUAUUUCGUCAGAACUGAAUAUAUCUUUCUGUGAUAUUACUCGGUUUCCGGUGAAUGAAACUCAAAGGUGAAACAAGUCAACAAAAAGAACUUGUAACAGUAAGUCGCUUCUAGAUAGACAUCGUAUUUUCUUGUUAGUGUUCCAACACAUGAAGUUACAAUGGAUUUGUUUAUGUCAUUUCACGAUUAUUAUUUUUCUAAAUAGGCAACAGAACUGUGUUACCUUGUUACCUUAAAAACUGUUAACAAUACACAUUGAAGUUUUGACCUUUUUCCUAGGCAUAUAGGGAAAACAAUAUAACAAUAUUUUUGUGUGUCAAACGCUUUUACUUCAUGUUCUGUUGUGUUAUGUCAUUGUGUUUUUUAUGCACGUAUUGCUUCGAAUGCACGGAAAACUUUCAUUAUGAUGGCCACCAUAGUAAGACUGUCAUACCAUACUUUAAUACGAUGCCUAUCUAUUGUAACAAACGCGAACGUGUGUCAAAAGUCUUAGAAAGUUGCUAUUAAAACUGACCUCGGAACAAGGGUUCGCAAUAUUUCACGAAAGCCCUGCAUGACACCACAUGAAAUAUUUUUUAUAAGUUCUUUUGUCGUUCACCAAAAGCUGCAGUCAAUGACAGUAAGGUAAAACGUAUUCAAUUUUGACAACUUUUUGUAACUAGAUCUGGGUAGAAUUUUGGUUGGUAAAAGCUCAAACUGAAACAAACAAAACAUAUAACUACAAGGAGAGAAAAACACUCUGAUGUUGAGUUCACAAAACAAACACGAUAAAUUUCAAUCAAAUGAGAGUUUCUUUUUCAAUAAUCACGAAAUUCUAGAGGUGUAAUGGUUGCUAUCCAUUCACUAAAGUUAUCAAAUUUGCACUUAAGAUUACCUGCACUCGAGAUUAUUGCAAAAUUCUGCACAAUCUAAUAUUUUCGCUGCAUGUGGAAAAGAAUAGGGGCAAUUGUAGCACUGUUUCAGAGCACACAAAAUCACACUUGUUUUAUGUAUAAAGGACUUCGAAAAGAGCAAACAUUGCCUGAAUAUCUUUGUAACUAUUGGUUGACCCUGCCCCUAAAGGUUCAUUUAAUUUUGCUGCACCCUUAAAAUAGCACGACUGCCCUUUUCCCAUACUGUUGAACACUCAAGCACCUUUUAUCGACUUUACUUUCUGAUUGGUCAGUUCUCAUCAACUAACGGCAUUUUCAUUUAAAUGCAACCAAUCAUUAAGAAGCUUUCUGAACGGCAAGGUAGACUCAUUGUGUGCUGCUGCGGUCACUAUUAUGUAUAUGGAAAAAAAACAUGUGACUUGUGAUUAUAUAGAUACCGGUUACAAUAAUCAGGGAGUGUAUAGUGCAAUGAAGAAGUGUAUAUUUACAUGUAUGCAAGAUAAUUUACAAAUGUUACGGCUAUGCAGAAACUAUUAUAAGAUAGAACGCCGGUGAAAAAACACAACGAGAAAGCCGAUGGAGAUAAUAAGAUUGUUAAGGUUGAUUAUGUGACAUGGUAAAGAUGUGGAAAAGCUUAGUCUUACCGAAGUACAAACUGUAAGCUUGAAAGUUAGACUUUACUCUGCAAAGGGAGGUGGCUCAUAAGAAAUUUCACAGUUUUACAGUGUGCAUGUUCAACCGUGACGCAUUGUGGUUAAGGUUAAAGGUUAAAUUUUGACCUUGGACCACAAUGCAUCAGGGCUGCACAUAUUCACUUGAAACUGUGAAACGACUUAUUUGCACUCGACUUUGUUGUGUGUUAGUAUAUGUUAUGCACAUGAUGUGUAGCUGUGUUGGAACCACGUGACCAAAUGACCAGUACUUGAACUGACAUUCCAACUUGUAAACGUUCCAUUCAACUUUAGACGUCAAAAAAUGGGUUUGUCGUAGUGCAACUCGUGCUUUCACAAAAACUGUCCAUUGCAGUAGAUAAGCUACUGUUAACAUUGUACUCCACAAUUCUAAUGAGCAAAACAUCGGGCAUGGGACGCUGAAAUAUGAACACCGAUCUAUGAAGGAUCUUGCCAAUCCCCUUACAGUUAGACAUUGUCUUCAGUAGCUUAUUUAUUGGCAAAACCAUAUCAUUUCUCAUUAUUGAAAGUCAAUCUUGUCCCAAAACACUAGGUCAAAGCGUCAAGGAAAAUUGUUCCACAGACAACAAUCUUCUGUGUGCUCUUCUAGCAUCAUCUGAAGACAAGUGAUCAUGACCUUGAACAGAACGACCUUGGUGUUUGGUAAUGGUGGACAAACUAUGUUGAUUAACUGUGUAGAGUUGGAACAAUAUGGCUGCCAUUAGUAGACUCUCACAGGUUGAUCCUGAACUACUACUUCUUACAUAACAAAAUGCCUGGAUUUUUAUGUUUUCCUACGCAGAACUAAUUGGCCAAUACAAAACUGUUCUACAUAAAAUGUUGUUCCAAGGACAAAUAAUGUAAUAUCACAUUGAUAUAUAGGCAUCUCAUGUUGACCACCAGAAAGUUAUAAUUAACUAGAAAGACAGCUACGUUGUUCCAGCUCUCUGCAACGGUUGGCAUUUUCAAGAACGCCCCCGUGCGAUAGAGAUGGGUGUUGCAGAGUUACAUCAAGGACAUUAUAUAGUAUAUAAAGUCCUUGAUUACAUGUAGAUGCAGGUGAAAUUCAUGCAUGUUAAGCUUUGUAAACAACUCUCUUUCUGUCCAAAUGUGUGAUCCGGAUCAUUGCACCACAUCCUCACGUCUAUGUACAGUAUAUAUGUCCGACAGAUGAAAUAGAUAUUUUUGUACCGUGACGUUUUGUCCAUCACUUGUUUGUAUUAGAUGACGUGUCCACAAGAAAUGAUGACGUAUCACAAUAUGGCUCCAGUGUUCCAGCAAAAUCUUAACCCGCGUUACCAAAACACUUUACCAAUAAGCAAAUGCUAACGUUAUGAUUAAAAAUGUUUGAUUAGUAAGUAACCACGAAAUUGAUGCGACACUGGGCCCACAAGUGAUAUGUCAUGAAAUAUUUUGUAGAGCUCUUUCAUGUUGUACCGCUCAACCAAGGAACACCCAACCUUGAGAUGGUGGUCAUUGUUUUUACAGGUAAUGUAUCAAACAAAAAGGUGCUGCAGUCUUACUCUGCUGAACUAUCCCCUAUGGAAAAUGUCCAACACUCAUGACAAGAUAUUAAAGCUGCUUUAUGUAACAUUGGGGCGAUACAAAAAAAAAUAUCUGGUCAUUUCUUUAAAAGUAAGCUGAAUCAACCCUACUCCAUUGCAAGAAAAGUGUCAUUCAGGAAGUGGAGGUGCUAAAAUACGACGCCUUCAGAGUGUGUUGAAAGCUGCAAACACGGCUGUCAGCCAUGUUUGUUUACAUUUUGAUAUUUUGUGGCGGUGCCAUAAACUGAGUGCACCUCGUGUAGGCUGUUUUAGCAC